AUGUUUGUAAAAGAGGAUAUUAGUAGAGGUUUGGGUAAUGGUGAUUUUAGAAAGAUCGUAGAUGAUACUACGAUGACUGAUAUCCAAUGGGUGUGUGUGUGGAUAGAUCUAUCCAUGAUACACUCUUCUCUUCAUAUCGAUAGUGAGGAGGAGGAGGAGGAGGAGGAGGAGGAGGAGGAGGAGGAGGAGGAGGAGGAGGUGAGCAUUUCAAUCAACAAUCAAUCAAUCACAGCUUUCUCUACUGCUUCUGCUACCCUCGCGCUGUUGCUGCUGUUGCUGUCUACUUUUUCUGCUUGCUGA